AUGCGAUGUGUGGCUCUUGCCGCUUAUCGAUUAAGCUGUCAACUUCCGCAAUCAGCUCCUGACAUCAUACAACUGCGGCAAUGCUAGGCCAUUGCCUGCCAGGACUCCGACAAUGCGGCUGAAUUUGCCUCGGGUCUGCCGGCCGCAGAGUCUACGACUGCCUGCAGCACCCCACUGCACGCGACGGACAUACGCCGUCCAGGCUUCAGGCAGCACCGUCUUCAAAGUGUUCAACAGCCGCACGAAAUGGCUGCAAAAGGAACGGGCAGCAGCCCAUCCCGAGAUCAGCAGGCAGGCCGACUACCUCAAGGACGAGGUAGCCAUGCGCGUGUGUGAGCGGUUACUGGACAUCAAGCGCCAGUUUCCCCGCGUGCUGGACCUCGGCGCGAAUUCGUGCAACAUCGCCCGCGCUCUAACGCGCGAGAACCCCGAUCCCGACCCGUCCAGCCCGGUCUCCCCGCCCCUUGCGACGCAGGCGAAGAUAGACGAGCUCGUCGCCGCCGAGUCAUCAGUCGCCCUCCUCCACCGCGACGCCGACCUCCCCUUCAACAGCCAGCUCAACAUGACGCGCCACGUGCUAGCCGACGACGAGUCCCUGCCGUUCGAGCCGUCCUCCUUCGACAUGGUCCUAAGCAGCAUGUCGCUGCACUGGAUCAACGACCUGCCCGGGGUGCUGGCGCAGAUCAACAGCGUGCUGAAGCCGGACAGCCCCUUCAUCGGGGCCAUGCUGGGCGGCGACACGCUGUUCGAGUUGCGGACGUCGCUGCAGCUGGCAGAGCAGGAGCGGCGUGGCGGCAUCUCGCCGCACGUCUCGCCGCUCGCGGACGUGCGCGACGUCGGCGGGCUGCUGCAGCGGGCCGGGUUCCAGAUGCUGACGGUCGAUGUGGAGGACAUCGUGGUGGACUACCCGGACACGUUCGCGCUGAUGCAGGAUCUGCAGGCCAUGGGCGAGGGGAACGCCGUGUUGGGGCGGGAGAUGGGUGCCAUACGGCGGGAUGUGCUGCUGGCGAAUGAGGCCAUCUAUCGUGCUUUGCACGGAAAUGAGGACGGGACACUGCCGGCGACGUUUAGGAUCAUUCAUAUGAUCGGGUGGAAGGAGGGUGCGAACCAACCGAAGCCGCUGAAGAGGGGGAGCGGAGAUGUGAAUCUGAAGGAUAUCCUAGAGCAGAAGUAGGGGGUUCGAUUUU